AUGGCCAAAGAACUAAAGAAGAGUAAGAUUUACUUUGUGAUAGGAGGACCUGGAAGUGGAAAAGGGACUCAGUGUCAAAAGUUGGCCGAGGAAUUUCAACUGACCCACGUCUCGACGGGCGAUCUGAUGAGAAAAGAAAUCGAAUCAGGAUCAGAAGUUGGAGGUCGCGUGAAGGAUUUAGUUGCCAGUGGACAGUUAGUUCCGAACGAUGUCACUCUACUUAUUCUAAAAAAACAUCUGAUACAAGAAGCCCCAAAGUCGAAAGGAUUUCUGAUCGACGGAUAUCCAAGAGAACUAGCUCAAGCCAUCGCAUUUGAAAAAGAAGCAGGCAACGUGCUAAGAGUGUUCUUUUUUGAAGUUUCAGAUGAAACUAUGAAGGCAAGAUUGCUGGGCAGGGCUGCCACAAGUGGAAGAUCCGACGACAAUGAAACCAGCAUUGCCAGUAGGAUCGCUACCUUCCAAACCAACAACAAAUCUAUUCUCGAUCAUUUCACUAAGAAGAAAAAGUUAUGCAAAAUAAACGCCCAAGGAUCUGCAGAUGAGGUGUAUGCUUUGACAAAAAAUGCUUUCAACGCUAAAAAAUGCUAA